AUUACGUGUUAAAUAAAAUGGGUAAAAAGAAAAAUCAAAAGAAUCAAAAAGGAAAAGAUCUACCUCUGGACGAGAAAAAGGAACCGCAAAAGGAUGACAGCGAGCAUGCUAAAGCAAAUAGAAUGCAGUCUUUCUACGUCAGAACAGUGACUACUAUUCUAAUGCUUGUAGGAUUUCUGGUAAUCCUGGGACUUGGACAUCUCUAUAGUAUGAUGCUAGUUCUAAUGCUAAUGCUACUUUGUUUUAAAGAACUGAAAGCCUUGAAAAGAAAGAAAGAAUUAGACAAAAACAUCCCUUAUUUCAAUGUGAUCAACUGGUAUUUCUUUUUGACUGUUGUUUUCUUUGUUCUGCCAUUAUAUCUUCCAAAUCAGACGAAAGUUGGGAUAACAGAUCCCACUCUUCUUGAGAUAUUCAAUUAUCAUAAACUGAUCAGCUUCCUUGCAUUCAUUUUUGGGAUUUUGCUAUUUACUUGGAGUCUAGAGAAGGAUACCUAUAAAUAUCAAUUCAAGAUGCUAGGUUGGAGUCUCCUUAUCCUUCUAAUUGUAGUCUCUCAAGCUUGAUCAUUGGUAUAUAAUAUGUAUAAAGGGUUGUUUUGGUUCAUUUUUCCAGCACUUUGUGUUGUCUCGAAUGAUAUCUUUGCAUACAUUUUUGGAUUUUUCAUGGGGAAGACCCCACUUAUCAAGUUGUCACCAAAGAAAACAUGGGAAGGGUUUAUUGGAGGAGCUAUCUGAACAUUCAUUUGGGCAUUUAUCGCAUCUUUGUAUUUGACAGAAUUUGAAUCUUUGGCUUGCCCACAGACAAGAAUUACGUAUGAACCAUCAGCUUUUCCGUCAUGUAAUAUUGGAACUGUAUAUAUCCCAAAGAGGUUCGAUUUACCAGUUCCAAUACUAGGAUUUGAUCACUUUAUGAUAGCUCCAGUUCAGUGGCACGCAGCAGUGAUUGCUCUUUUCUCUAGCCUUAUUGCUCCGUUCGGAGGAUUCUUUGCAUCUGGGUUGAAAAGGGCUUUUAACAUCAAAGAUUUUGGUACAACUAUUCCUGGUCAUGGAGGAAUCACAGAUAGAUUCGACUGCCAAAUCAUGAUGAGCAUGUUUACAUUUGUCUACCUCCAUCAAGUAGUGUUUAGACUCAACCCAACAGUUGAUGGAAUCAUGAAUUCUAUCUAUAAGCUAAGCCCUGGAGAGCAAACUCAGAUAUUGAAUGAGUUAUCUUUAUCCUUGACUGGAAUUUUGGCAUAGUAGGAAAAAUUAGACAAAAAUAUUCA